CGCGCCGCUCCAGCCUCCAGGGCUCUCUGGAAGCCCCGCCCACUCCCAGGGUUCAGCGCGGUGCCUAGCCGCCAUUGUUUGAAUUUGAAAACCGAGAGGAUUUGGUGCUGCUCGCGGAGGCGGGCAGGGACAAGGGGUUGCUGCAGAAUGGAAUCUCAUUUGAAUCAAGACGGAGUGCCUAGACCAUCUUAUGUUUUUAGUGCUGACCCAAUUGCAAGGCCUUCGGAAAUCAAUUUUGAUGGCGUUAAGCUUGAUCUCUCUCAUGAGUUUUCCUUAGUUGCCGCAAACCCUGGGGCAAACAGUUUGGAAUCUAAAAAUUACCUCCAGGUUUGUCUUCGAAUAAGACCAUUUACACAGUCGGAAAAAGGACACGAGGCUGAGGGCUGUGUGCAAGUUCUGGAUUCACAGACUGUUCUGCUGAAAGACCCUCAAAGCAUCCUUGGCCACUUAAGUGAGAAGAGCUCCGGACAGAUGGCACAGAAAUUCAGCUUUUCUAGGGUUUUUGGACCCGAAACUUCACAGAAAGAGUUCUUUCAGGGUUGCAUUAUGCAGCCAGUAAAAGACCUCUUAAAAGGGCACAGUCGACUGAUCUUCACAUAUGGGCUGACCAAUUCUGGAAAAACAUAUACAUUUCAAGGCACAGAAGAAAACAUUGGCAUUCUGCCUAGAACACUGAAUGUAUUGUUUGAUAGUCUUCAGGAAAGACUCUAUACAAAGAUGAGCUUCAAACCACAUAGAUGUAGAGAAUACCUACAGUUGUCAUCUGAUCAAGAGAAAGAGGAAAGUGCUAACAAAAAUACAUUGCUGCGACAAAUUAAAGAGGUUACCAUACAUAAUGACAGUUAUGACAUUCUUUGUGGACGCUUAACAAACUCUUUGACUAUACCAGAAUUUGAAGAAACCAUGAACAAUUGUGAACAAUCUAGUCUCAAUGUGGAUAAUAUAAAAUAUUCAGUGUGGGUUUCUUUCUUUGAGAUUUACAAUGAAAGUAUUUAUGAUUUGUUUGUUCCUGUGUCCUCUAAGUUGCAAAAGAGAAAAAUGCUACGCCUUUCCCAAGAUGUAAAGGGCUAUUCUUUUAUAAAAGAUCUGCAGUGGAUCCAGGUAUCUGAUUCUAAAGAAGCAUAUAGACUCUUAAAACUAGGAGUGAAGCAUCAGAGUGUUGCCUUCACAAAACUGAACAAUGCUUCUAGCAGAAGUCACAGCAUAUUCACUAUUAGAAUAUUACAGAUAGAAGACUCGGAAAUACCUCGUGUAACACGAGUUAGUGAAUUGUCGCUAUGUGAUCUCGCUGGUUCAGAACGAAGCAUGAAGACGCAAAGCGAAGGAGAAAGGCUAAGAGAGGCUGGGAAUAUCAACACUUCUUUACUGACUCUGGGAAAGUGCAUCAGUGUUCUGAAGAACAGUGACAAGUCCAAGAUUCAACAACAUGUGCCUUUUCGAGAAAGUAAACUGACCCACUAUUUCCAAAGCUUUUUUACUGGAAAGGGGAAAAUAUGUAUGAUCAUCAAUAUUAGUCAGUGUUGUUCUGCCUAUGAUGAGACACUCAAUGUACUGAAGUUCUCAACUGUUGCACAAAAGGUCUAUGUUCCAGAUACUUUAAGUUCUUCUCAAGAGAAAUCGUUUGGGUCUACCAAAUCUUUACAAGAUGUAUCCCUAGGCAGUAAUUUGGAUAAUAAAAUACUAAAUGUAAAAAGAAAAACUGUUUCAUGGGAAAAUAGUCUGGAAGAUGUGGUUGAAAAUGAAGAUUUGGUCGAGGACUUAGAAGAAAAUGAAGAAACACAAAACAUGGAAACUGAACUUACAGAUGAAGAUAGUGAUAAGCCGUUAGAGGAAGGCGGAGUCUGCGCAGGUCACGGGAAGAACAAGAAACUGUUGGAUUUAAUAGAAAACUUGAAAAAAAGACUAAUAAAUGAAAAAAAAGAAAAGUUAACAUUGGAAUUUAAAAUCCGAGAAGAAGUGACACAGGAAUUCACUCAGUAUUGGAGCCAAAGGGAAGCUGAUUUUAAGGAAACACUUCUUCAUGAACGGGAGAUAUUAGAAGAAAAUGCUGAACGUCGCUUAGCAAUUUUCAAAGAUUUGGUUGGAAAACCUGGUGAGAGUCAAGAUGAACCAGCAAGCAGAUUUUGUACCAUGGAACUUGAAACUGAAGAAUCUCAUAAUUAUGUAGGAGUUGAAGAUAUUUUUGAUUCUCUUGAAGAUGAUGUCACUGAUAUUAAGAAACAGGCCGAACUUGCUCAUUUGUAUAUUACAUCUCUUGUUGAUCCCCAGGAGGCUAUUGCUUGUUUGCAGCUAAAGUAUAAUCAAGUUAAAGCAGAAUUAGCUGAAACUAAAGAAGAAUUAAUUAAAGCCCAAGAAGAGCUAAAAAAUAAAGAGAGUGACUCUCUGGUUCAGGCACUCAAGACAUCAAGUAAGGUUGAUACAUCUUUAAUCAGCAAUAAGUCCACUGGUAAUGAAACAACUGAAAUGCCCAAGAAGAGUAGAACCCAGACACAUUCAGAAAGGAAAAGAUUAAAUGAAGAUGGACUUCAGCUUGGUGAACCACCAGCAAAGAAAGGGCUUAUACUUAUUAGUCCACCCAUCACUGAAGACCAAGACAAAAGGGAAGAAAUGCAACAGUCUGUUUCAGAAGGUGCAGAAGAAGACAGUAGAGUUUUGCAGGAAAAGAAUGAAGAGCUAAAAAGACUUUUAACUAUUGGUGAGAAUGAACUCAGAAAUGCAAAGGAGGAAAAGGCAGAAUUAAAUAAACAGGUUGUGAGUUUGCAGCAGCAACUUUGUUUCUUUGAAGAAAAGAACUCAUCCCUGAGGGCAGAGGUAGAGCAAAUCCAGGCCAGUUAUGACCUUGCAGCUGCUGAGCUGCAUACUCAGAGAGCUGUGAACCAGGAGCAGAAGGACAGGAUCCUGCAAUUGUCAGGGAAGAUGGAAACUGCGGCAAGACGUAUUGAAAGCAAUGUUUCACAGAUAAAGCAAAUGCAAACAAAAAUAGAUGAACUGCGAUCUCUUGAUUCACCUUCUCAUAUUUCAAAAAUAGAUUUACUCAAUCUCCAGGAUCUAUCAAGUGGUGCUAAUUUGCUGAACACAUCACAACAGCUUCCAGGUAGUGACCUACCGAGCACAUGGGUUAAAGAGUUUCAUACUCAGGAGCUCAGCAGGGAAAGUUCCUUCCACUCUAGCAUUGAAGCCAUCUGGGAAGAAUGUAAAGAGAUUGUGAAGGCUUCCUCCAAAAAGUCUCAUCAGAUUCAGGGACUAGAAGAACUAAUUGAAAAAUUACAGGUGGAAGUAAAAAACUGCAGGGAUGAGAACAGUGAGCUUCGAGCAAAGGAGAGUGAGGAUAAGAAUCGAGACCAGCAGCUGAAGGAGAAAGAAAGUCUAAUCCAGCAGCUUAGAGAAGAACUUCAGGAAACCACUGUCAGUCUCCGUGUCCAAGUACAGCUAGUAGCGGAAAGAGAGCAAGCUCUUUCAGAGCUUUCCCGGGAUGUUACCUGCUAUAAGGCAAAAGUAAAGGACCUUGAAGUGAUGGUAGAGACCCAGAAAGAGGAAUGUAAGCGCUUAGCUGAGUUAGAGCAGAGCAUUUUAGAGAAGGAAUCUGCCAUCCUAAAGCUGGAAGCGAGUCUAAAGGAAUUGGAAGCAAAGCACCAGGAUCACAUCAGAAGUACCACACAUUUAAAUGCAGAGGAAGUCAAGUUCAGAGAAGAAAUUACACAGUUGGCGAAUAAUUUGCAUGAUACAAAACAGUUACUUCAGUCAAAGGAAGAAGAAAAUGAAAUUAGCAGACAAGAGACAGAAAAGUUGAAAGAGGAGCUUGCUGCAAACUCUGUUCUUACCCAGAAUCUCCAAGCAGACCUUCAGCGGAAGGAGGAAGAUUGUGCUGAGCUAAAGGAGAAGUUCACUGAUGCCAAAAAGCAGAUCGAGCAGGUACAGAGGGAGGUAUCUGUAAUGCGUGAUGAAGAGAAGUCGUUGAGGACUAAAAUUAAUGAACUGGAGAAAAAGAAAAACCAAUAUUCUCAGGAAAUAGAUAUGAAACAACGAACCAUUCAGCAACUUAAGGAGCAGUUAAGUAAUCAGAAAAUGGAAGAAGUUGUACAACAGUAUGAGAAAGUGUGCAAAGAUCUCAGCGUUAAGGAGAAGCUGAUUGAAGCUAUGCGACUGACACUAGUGGAGCAGGAGCAAACUCAGGCAGAGCAGGACAGGAUGCUUGAGGCUAAGUCACAGGAAGCUGACUGGCUAGCCGGAGAAUUGGAUACAUGGAAAGACAAAUUCAAAGAUCUGGAGACUAGAAGUAAUCAAAAGGUAACUACAGAGGCCAUGGAGGACAGCGACGUGCUUAGUGAGAAGUUCAGGAAGCUUCAGGACGAGCUGCAGGAAUCUGAAGAGAAACAUAAAGCUGAUAGAAAGAAGUGGUUAGAAGAAAAAGCGGUUCUUACAACUCAAGCAAAAGAAGCAGAGACUCUACGAAACAGGGAGAUGAAAAAAUAUGCUGAGGACAGGGAGCGUUGUCUGAAGCUGCAGAAUGAAGUGGAAACACUGACAGCACAGCUGGCGGAGAAAACUGGUGAGCUUCAGAAGUGGAGAGAAGAGCGGGACCAGCUGGUCACAGCUGUGGAGACACAGAUGCAGGCUCUGCUCUCCAGCAGCAAGCAUAAGGACGAAGAGAUCCAGCAACUGAGAAAGGCCGUGGCAAAGAGCACGGGGACAGUGAGUGGACGCGUACUCGAAAACCAGACCAUGAAUCUCAAGCCUGAAUGUAAUGAUUCAGUCGAUCUUGGUGGAGUUGAAACUGAACUUCAGUCAACAAGUUUUGAAAUUUCUAGGAAUACAGCAGAGGAUGGAUCUGUAGUUCUUGACUCUUGUGAAGUGUCAACAGAAAAUGUACAAAGUACUCGAUUUCCAAAGCCUGAACUGGAGAUUCAGUUUACACCUCUGCAGCCAAACAAAGUGGCAGUGAAGCACCCUGGUUGUGCCACACCAGUCACAAUUAAGAUCCCCAAGGCACGGAAGAGGAAGAGUGGCGAGGUGGAGGAGGACUUGGUGAAAUGUGAAAAUAAGAAGAAUUCCACACCCAGAAGUAAUGUGAAGUUUCCCGUUUCAGAGCAUAGAAAUUCCUCUUUCAAAAAGGAACAAAAGGUUUUCUUAUGUCCGUCAUCUAAGAAGACAUACUCCUUACGGAGCCAAGCAUCUACGGUUGGUGCGAAUGUAGCCUCUAAAAAAAAAGAGGGAACACUACAGAAAUUUGGAGACUUCUUACAACAUUCUCCAACAAUCCUUCAAUCAAAAGCAAAAAAGAUAAUUGAAACAAUGAGUUCCCCAAAGUUAUCAACUGUAGAAGUAAGUAAAGAAAAUGUAUCCCAGCCUAAAAAAGCCAAACGGAAAUUGUACAGAAAUGAAAUUUCAUCUCCCAUCAACAUAUCUGGCCAAGUGAUUUUAAUGGAACAGAAAGCAAAAGAAACUGAUCAUCAGAUUCUCAAACGACGGCUUCGAACACGAACAGCCAAAUAAAUUGCUUUGGUAGACUGUUUCACUGUAAAGUUUAUAUCCACAGUCAUUGUAAAUUGUACGUUCUAAAGUUUACUUAUAUAUAUUAUGAUGUAUUAAAUGCCUCUGUAUAGAUUGGUGUCAUAUAUAUAUAAUUUUAAUUCAAUAAAUAUAUCAAUAAUAUACCUGUGUACUUUA